UUCAUCGCUAUCGAAUCCAGAAUGCAUGGAAAAUAUGUUGUUGAAAUUGAAUUCUUUUUUUUUGAAAAUUUUCAUAAUUUAAAUCUCAAAUAAUUUUGAAGUUGUAAGAAAAAAAUGCUUCUACAAAUAAGUAAUCGUAUAUUGCAGAAAACAAAUGUCAAUCGAUUGCUAUUGAAUCGCUUGAUCAUCAUAUCAUGUGCAACACAAAAAUCAACGAAUCGAAAUCUUUCUUCAAAAGAUUAUGAUAAAAAAAUCAAAUUAAAUCCUAUCGAUGUCGAAUAUCGUUAUGAUGAUAGUCAAUUUUUAAAAGGUCCAUCAUGGGCUGAUGAACCGUUUAUUCGACCAACGGAUGAUGAAAUUGUUGAGCUUACACGAUUGAAAACGGAAAAAGAAGUCAGUGAUCAAAUACGUAUGCAAUGUGAUCCCGAAUCCGAACCAUUUCGACAAGUAUUCGAAGGAAAUGAAGAUCAUGGAAUGUUUACCAAAACUGAACGUAUAAAUGAUGAGGAUGGAUCAAUUUGGAAAUGGGUAGAGCGAUUAAUGCCUAAACAAACAUUAGGGCCAUUACGUGAAGGUAGUGAAUUGAUAAUUGCACCUGCCAUACCAUCAAAAGAUCAACCAUAUCACAUUCUUCGAACACGUUCACGUUUAUAUCCCAUAUAUUUAGAUUAUGUUGUUAUUGAUCGUGAUCAUAAACGAUAUUGGCAAAAUCGUUGGGAUCAUAUGUUCAAUAAAUAUAAUGCACAUAUAUUGGAUCGAUUGGAUGAUAUUAAAUGGGAAAAUAAUGAAAAAACUAUUGCCAUAACAAAAGUACUACGUAUUCAAGGUAAUAUAUGGAAAUUUGAACGUGAUUGUAGAGAAUUUAUUAAAAAACAUUACAAUAUUGAUCAUGUUAUGUCUGGUGUACAUGAAGUUAAAGGUAGUGUUGAAUUUAAAGGUGAUUUUAUCGAAGGCAUAACGGAAUUUUUUCGACAAAAGGGUUUUUGAUUUUUCGAAAUAACAUU